AGAUUUGUCUUCGGUCGAAAUCUUUUGAUAAGCAAACCACCUCCGAAAACCGAAGGCCCCCUGCGAAAAGACAUGAUACCACCGGCGGGUUCCAGUCCCAGGCGCGAGAAUGGGGCAAAAGUCCAGGGGCAAUUCCGACCAAUCAUCCUCCUUCGUUGUCACGGGCAUCCUCGUAAUUCCGUUGACACAGGUUCUCUACUCUGUCUCUUCUCUCUCUCUCUCUCUCUCUCGUCGUUCUCCUUGUCUCUUCGAUCCUUUUCGAACGCAACCAGACGCUACGACACAAACGGCACGAACAUUCUGUCUCUGUUUCAUCGUCUCCAACUCAUUUAUUAACGACCUCUCAAGUUUGGUUUCGCUCUGUGCCCUGUCGCUUCUCAGAGGGUAAAUGCGGAGCCGAAGCGAAUGGAGUCCCUGAAGCUUGCAUUCUCAGAGCAGCUUCUCCACGCCAAGAGGAUGGUGGCCUCUAAGUUCGGGCUCAGCGUUGGUGCUUCGCUCUUCUUCGUCGCUCUCAUGGUGGCCUUCACUCUGAGCGUGACUCCUCUGUGUCUAGAGUUGUCUAGUUCCUCUGUUUCGCUCUGGCCGUUCUCUUCCUCGACCGCCCCCACCGACGCCACCCUCGUUUCGUCCUCGGCUCAUGUUGCGAACUUGACGACCAAUGCCCGUCACUGCUGUGGAAAUGCGACGUCGGGUGUUGGGAAGUCUUUGAAUUUCUUGGAUGGCGGUUCUCAAGAAAGGGUUUUGAACUCAACAUACGAGGCAAAUGUGACAAGAGAAGCUGAAACAGAGAGGGUGCCGGGAAAUCCUGCAGGGGAUUCGAAAAAUAGAAGCUUGACGGUUCAUAGAGGGAGUUUUGGAGUGAAGACCUAUGAAGCAGCUAGUAGGUUAGUGGAUGAUUCUAAAGCGAGGCACGGCGCGAAUCUAGGCGAGGAAGCUGUGGUGUCUUAUGAAAAUCAUCACGAGGGUGGUAAUUUCUCUCUAGAGAAGGGAGGGAGUGGUAAUUCAAGCUCUCCCGUCGCCACGGAGGAGCCUAACCUGAGGAUCGCGAGCCACGGCUCCCAAGUAUUGGGAAUUCGUGGUGGGGAAUGUGAUAUAUUUGAUGGUAGAUGGGUGAGGGAUGAUUUGAAGCCGUAUUAUCCUGCGAAUUCGUGCCCUUAUGUUGAUAGGGACUUCAAUUGCCACCUUAAUGGUAGGCCAGAUGAUGGAUUUGUAAAAUGGAAGUGGCAGCCUAAUGGAUGUGACAUACCGAGUUUGAACGAGACUGAUUUUCUAGAGAGAUUAAGAGGAAGGAGGCUGGUUUUUGUGGGGGAUUCGCUGAACAGGAACAUGUGGGAAUCUCUCGUCUGCAUCCUCCGCCAUAGCGUCAAAGAUAAGAAAAGAGUCCAUGAGAUAUCUGGAAGGGUGGAGUUCAAAAAGAAGGGAGUUUAUGCCUUCAGAUUUGAGGGGUACAAUUGUUCGGUCGACUUUGUUAGUGCUCCAUUUCUUGUUAGAGAAUCCUCUUUUAGCAUUAGGAACCGGUCGUUCGGGACGUUGAGGUUAGAUUUGAUGGACCGCACAGCACGAAUGUAUCGUGAUGCUGAUAUAAUAGUCUUCAACACAGGUCACUGGUGGACCCAUGAGAAGACAACUAGAGGGGAACACUAUUAUCAAGAAGGCAAGUAUGUGCACCCAAGACUCAAGGUCCUGGAGGCAUAUAAGAGAGCUCUUAGGACUUGGGCCAAAUGGAUAGACAAAAACAUCCACCGGAACCGAACACAGGUUUUCUUCAGAGGAUAUUCAGUCACUCAUUUCAGGGGCGGGCAGUGGAACUCGGGGGGACAGUGUCAUAAGGAAACGGAACCUAUUUUCAACGAUACAUACUUGGAAAAUUACCCUUCGAAAAUGAGGGUGCUGGAGCAUGUGCUUCAAGAAAUGAGAACUCCGGUAACAUAUUUAAACAUUAGUAGACUUACUGACUACAGAAAAGACGGGCACCCUUCUGUUUACAGACUGGCUUACAGGACCACACAAGAACGAGUCACUGCCGAGCAAUCCCAAGAUUGCAGCCAUUGGUGCUUACCUGGUGUUCCUGAUACCUGGAAUGAGUUGCUAUAUGCUUCUCUGUUGAAAAUGGGGUGGGGAUCUCCGACGUAGUGAAACAGAUUGGCACGGACAGCAGCUUUUUUUCUUGAAA